AUGCUUCUUAAAUGGCAAGUUCGUGGUCAAGAUGAAUCAUUAUCUAUAUCAUCAACGACCAUUGAAACACAAUAUUUAAUUUUUGAUAUGGCUCAUUUUGGACCAGAUGGUGGUAUUUUUUCCAGUCCUAAUUUUCCAAAUUAUUACCCACAAGAUACAAUAUUAUUUUAUCAAUUUAUAGCUUCACCUGAUUAUCGUGUUCAAAUUGAAAUGGAUCUUUUUCAAAUUCGUGGUGUUGCACCACAAUGUACACAUGAUUAUUUAGAUGUUUUUAUUAAUGUAACUAAUUUUGAUAUUGCUCAAAAUGUACUUAAUGAUCAAUUACUACAUCGUUAUUGUGGUAGAAAUAAACCACCAUUAUUAGUAUCAUUUACAAAUUUACUUUUACUUGGAUUUUUUACUGAAGAUACACAAACAGAACGUGGUUUUAAUGGAUCAUUUCGUUUUAUAUCAGCACAACCUUAUCGAAAAAAUCUUAUACGUGAGCCAUGUGAUUAUAUAUUUAAUUCAUCCAUUUCAAAACGUGGUGAAUUUUUUUCUUCAACAUAUCCAGGAACUUAUUUACCUUGGCAAUUUUGUAAUUAUUCAUUUAUUGGUUUACCAGGUGAACGUAUUCACAUUCGUUUUCGUGAUUUAAUUCUUUUUAAAACUCCUAAUACUCAACAUUGUGCUAUUGAUUUAAUAAAACUCUAUGAUAAAACAUUAGAUCCACCAGAACUUCGUCGAUUUUUAUCUAGUUUUCGUCAUAUAAAUAAUUAUGAUUAUCAAUAUUUACCUGAAGAAACAGAACAAUAUCAUAUAACUGAUCUAUGUGGUACAUAUACAUUACCACUUGAUGUUUAUUCAACAAGUAAUCAUUUAUUACUUUAUUUUAUUGCAACACAUUAUGCUGAUUUAACUGAUGGUGAACAAAUACAAAUGAAUGAUAUAAGACGAUCAUUAUGGAGAAAAGGUUUUUUUGCUGAAUAUGAAUUUUUAUCAUCAUUAAAUAAACUUGAUUUUAUAACAAAAAAUAAAUCCAAUCAAUAUUUAUCUGGUACAGAAUGUGAUCAAACUAUAAAAUCAUUUGGUCAAGGAUAUGGUAAACUUCAAUCACCAAAUUGGCCAUAUCCAUAUAAACCACAAACAUCAUGUACAACAUAUUUAUUAGGUCUUGAUGAUCGUUAUACAUUAGAAAAUGUUGAAAUUGAAUUUGAACAAUUUGAUAUUGAUUGUCAAUUAGCAUCAUUAGUUAUUUAUAAUGCAAGUAUAAUAUAUGAUUAUCGUUUACGUACACGUCCAUUAUUUACAUCAAGUAGUUCAAUAUCAAUGACAACAGAAAAAUCUUCAAUAUUUAGUAAUUAUUAUCGACAAGAUCUUGAUUUUAAAGCAAAUCUUUCAUUUUGUGGUCAUUUUAAACCUGAAGGACGUUUUGUUUCAAAAAAUGCUUUACUUAAAAUAUCACUUAUACCAAAUGAUCGUUUAGUAAAUAAUGUUUUACCAUCAUUAAUUAAUGGUGGAAAAUUUCAAGCAAAAUAUAAAUUUGUUAAAAGUUAUCAUCAAGUAGCUGCCGAUGAAUAUGAUGCAUUAAAUCCAACUAUUUGUAAUCUUUCUUAUUAUCAAUCACGUACAGUUUCUGGAAAAUUUGAACCACCACGUUCAUCUGAAAAUGAUUAUUUUUCUAAUUCCAAUUGUACAUUUAAUUUUUAUCCUUUAAAUGAAGAUUCACGUUUACUUAUAUGGUAUGAUUAUUUUAAUAUUGUUGAUGAUAAUUAUAUUGAAUGUCCAUCAGAUAAUUUAACAUAUACAUAUAGUCUUUAUUCAUCAUCAAAAUUUUAUUUACAUCCAUUUAUUUAUUGUGGUUAUAGAAAUUUUCCUUCACCUUAUUUAACUAUACGUUCAACACAACAAUUUCGUAUACAUUUUCGUGCAAAUGAUGAUUCUGAAGCUGCUUUAGGAUUUGAUGGACGUUAUCAAUUUUUAAAUCAAUCAAAUAUAUUAUUUUCAUCAUCAUGUCGAAGUCCAUUUGAUUCAAUUAUUUAUAUUAAUGAAACAAAUGAACCUUCAGGUAAUUUAUCAAGUAAUGGUUAUCCAGAAAAUAUUAUUUGUGAAUGGUCAUAUGUAACAAAACAUGGAUUUCAAUUUAAUCUAGAAUUACGUAUGCUUGAAAUGGAAGGUUCGAAAACAAAAGAUCCACCACAAGGAUGUCAAUCAUCUGUUUUAAGAAUUUAUAGUGAAAAACGUAUUCAUGAAUUUUGUGGACAAGAAGAAAAAAUUCAUUAUUUUUUAACUGAUUCACAUUGGUUUACAAUACAAUUUAUUUCAUUAAAUCGACAAACAAAAGAACCAUUACGUGGUUUUCAAUUAUUAUGGACAGUUGUACAAGUUAAAUCAAAUAUAACUGAUAAUCAAUGUUUAUUAUCAAAUGAAUAUUUUGAUUGUAAAAAAAAUUCUAAUAGUACAAUAACAAAUUCAUUUUGUAUACAUCGAUCACUUCUAUGUGAUGGUCAAAUUCAUUGUCAACCAUUAUCAAAUGAUGAUGAAUUAUCAUCAAAUUGUUUUCUUAUGAUUCCAACACGUUCCAAAUUUUCAUUAUCAACAUUAUCAUCAUCAUCAUCUUCAUUAUCAUUUUUACAUCAAAAUCUUAUUAUAAUUAUAACUAUUUUUAUUCUUUGUAUUAUAAUGUUAUGUGUUGCAACUAUACUAAUUUUAUUAUUAAUUAAAAUGAAACGACGACAACAAGAAAUAGAAAUACCAAACGAACUAAAGAUAGAACAACGACAAAAACGUAUACGACAACAACAACAACAAGAUAAUUCAUCAUUGAGAAAAAAAUCAAUUCAAACAUAUUUAGAUGAUGAUGAAAAUAGUCAAGGUUUAAUUGGUAUUACUAUGAUGGAACAAGCUGUGACUACAGUUUAA